UUCCAGAGCCCGCGACCAGAACCCGAAUUCCCCUUCCCCUCUCGCGCGCCCACGCCCACGCCCACGGGAUUUCCUCCUCUUCUUCUUCAGCGCCCGCCCUCGUCAGAUCCAUCCGUCCGUCCGUCCGUCCAUCCGUUUUUCCAUUCCAUCCACCUGCCCCGCCUGCCGCCAUCCCCUUCUCGCUCGCAGGGUUCCGUUGCAGGCGACUCGAUCCGGGUCCAUGGCGUCCACGGCUGCGGCGGCGCUCGCGGUGACGGACGAGCUGGCCCUGCCGCUCCGCGCGGUGGGGGACCUGGCGGCGGCCGCCGGGGUCUCGCGGGAGGAGGUCGUCGUCAUCACGCAGUGCGCCUCGCUCGGUGGGAAGUUGCCUUUUGAUGACGUGUCCGUGGGUGCUGUUCUGUCUGUUAUAAAGAAUGUUGAGAGCUUUGGAGAUAAGUUGGUUGCUGAAAUUAGCCGAGUGCUGAAAGCUGGUGGAAUUGUGCUGGUACAGAGCUUCACACCCUCCACUGACCAGAAGCCAAACAAUUAUAUCGAGCGCCAGCUACUCAUGGGUGGUUUUGUUGAAGUGCAAGCUUCUGCUACAAACUCGCAAGAUAGCGUGCAAUCUGUUACUAUCAAGGCAAAGAAGCCUUCUUGGAGUAUGGGUUCUUCCUUUCCCCUGAAGAAAGCAGUAAAGGCUCUUCCAAAGAUUGAAAUUGACGAUGAUGAUGAACUGAUUGAUGAAGACAGCCUCUUGACUGAGGAGGACUUGAAGAAACCACAGCUUCCAGUUGGAGAUUGUGAGGUGGGAGCCACAAAGAAGGCGUGCAAGAACUGCAGUUGUGGCAGGGCCGAGGCUGAGCAGAAGGUGGAGAAGCUGGGACUCACUGCAGAACAGAUUGAUAACCCUGUCUCAGCUUGUGGCAGUUGUGGGUUGGGCGACGCGUUCCGAUGCAGCACCUGCCCAUACAGAGGCCUGGCGCCGUUCAAGUUGGGCGAGAAGGUUACCUUGUCUGACAACUUCCUCUCGGCCGACAUAUGAUAUGACGACGGACAGCGGCUGCGGAUAUGAAAUGAGCCUUGUUCGAUUUGUUGGUUCGUCAGGAAGAUAUAUCUGUGUACGUUCUUUUUCGUGGUAGUGGUGGACUGGUGGUUACAGCAAAAGAAGUGGAGUGCGUUUGGAAUAGCAGCUUGUGUUGGCAUGUCGUGCGUGUCCUUGCUCUCCCACCUAGGUUGAAAUGAGAGUUGGAUCGUGUGUGCGCUCUGUAUUCGGCAAGAAGAUUACAUGCAUGUAAUUUGACGGAGAAACAUAUGAUGGAAAGACUUCGUUCUGCUACAUGAUUUUUCUUUCCUAAAUAUAUAAAUCCUUUCAGAGAUUUCAA